AUGGCUCCGCCACGCCUUCCAACUCAGAAGGAACGCCUAGCAAACGCGCAGCGAGAAUGGAAUAAUUAUCAGGCAAUAAGGAAACGUAGACUCAGGUUCAUGACCAAUCGUCACGUUGGGCUUGGUACCUACAAUUCCCCAGUCUUAUCAAUAAGAGAGCUCACGGAGGAGGAAAAGUUGGACAAGAAGCUCCUUGCUAGUUCUUUGGAAAAAAGUAAAGUAAAAAUGCACAUGAAUACAGGCGACACAUCAGACCUUUGGUUUACUGGUACAAAUUUACUUGGAGACGAUUCUCCGAGAGAUAUUAUAGGACUUUUGGGAUUGCUAGCCACUGUAAAUGUUGGCGAUAAAUUCAUAGAGAAUUGUUUCCAUGAUCUGACGGUUCACAGCAGCGCAUGGCUCUAUAAAAACCAUUUUGAAGGUCAUAAGGCGGACUAUCCUCCCUGGACCGCCAAAAAUGAUGAUGCUUCAUUGAAACUUCAACAGUUCCAUGCUAUGGUGGAUGCGCUCGCAAAAGCUCCAGGCUCGCCAGCACUCUGGAAACGUCUCAAUGCAAUGCUUCGCCUCAGUGGCUACUUGAUGAAAAUCCUGAGAUUCGUCGACGAACAAAAUCCUUACCUGGGACGACCGGCAUUACCUGAUGGUUCAAAUAUACAAAGUUCGCAAUUAAAGGCAUCCUGGGUGCUACAUAGGGCAUGGACAAGAUUGCUUCACUGCCGAUCGCUAAGCUUCGGGUCGCGGGAUCGUGGCGUUGAUCAACUGAAAGAAAUUCUUGUUAUUGCCAGAGCACAACUAGAGCAGGAGAUCCGUAAAGCCCCUGCUGAUAGCAGAAAUAUUCCUGAAGGACUUGUCGAAUUCGAAACUACGCUUGAGAAUCUGACCUUGUUUUUGGAAGCCUUGGCUACUGAAUUCGGCAGCGACUCUGUUCCAAAGCCAGGUGCCCGAAAACCUUACAGUGUAUCUGAUUUUAAUAUAGAUCCUGAUCGUGUAGGUGCGUUAUGGAAUGAGAUUACCCAACCUGUGAGACCUGACCCACUCGGUAGAAUUAUCAAUCCGCUCGGGGCAGUUCCCUUGUGGUCACAAUUACUUGAUCGCGCUGCCGACUUCGAGGACAGGAACAAUAGAUACUACGUCGAAGAUCAUCUAUUUGAGAAUCGUGUCAUUGCUGAAGACGAACACUGGGAAUUGGCGAGACUUCUACAUUUAACGAGUUACACUCCUGAUACUAUUAAAAAACGUGUUCCCGAUGCUGUACAACAACAGUAUGUGAAAGCAUUAGCGAGAAAAGUCUCUCAGGUCAAUUUAAACAGGCGUAAUUUCCUGCUCCUACGAGACUGGUCCAAAAAACGACCUUGGAAACAAUUAUAUUGGGUAUUCGACACCGUCUCAACAGAUUCCUGGCGGGAACAGAUUGAAGACUUUUAUAACACUAUUGAAGGGCUCACAGUCGUACCCGAACAUUUCCCACCAGACCACAGAGCAAAAAUAGAAGCCGACCCAGAAUCUGAACCAAACUUGUUUGCGAACGUGUUCCCCAUCCACCCAAUUCCUAGUCACAACCCAGGUAACUAUGCUGGUCCUUACUUCGGUAACUGCGUAUAUUGCCUCGAAAACUACAAACCCGGAGAGCUAUGGUUACGCUUUUUCUGCGAUCAUAUGGUGCACUACGAUUGCGGUCGCAAUGCGUGGGAUAAUUCUGGGAACCCUGAUUUUAGAUGUCCUCUUUGCAGACACACACAGUCAUGGCAGCUUCACAAAGUUGCCGGUAUUGUUCCAGAGGUCAUAGACUUAUGGGAUAAUGUUGACCUCGUGGGCAAGGAAGAAGCCACCAUUCACCCUAUUGUUCAAAUGGAGGGUACUCCGGACGAUAUAGAGGGUUUCAAAGAGCUCUACUGGGAAAAUGAGGCUAGUCAUUUGGCAUUGAGUGAAGCGUGGAAUCCCGCAAUUCCUCGAACGCUCCACGACGAGAUGGCACAUAUGAGGAAUGCAAGAAGAAAGCGUGUUUUAGAUGCCAGAAAGGAGCGAAUCGAGAGCGAGCUAGAAUAUCGCACGUUAGCAGAAUAG